AAUGGCAAGCCAGUGUGUGUGCGCGAGCAAUUGUAUGAUAAAGUGUGCUACUUCCACCAUAUUAUAGGCCACGGUGGACGUGACAAGACAUUUGCAGCUAUUACCAAGUCAUACUCAAAAGUCCCUGCUGAGCUCGUCUCGCUCUUCACAAAGAACUGUCAGACGUGCCUU